CGUGACUACCACCCUGCACGAGCGUCGUAGAGCUCGGCUCUUACUCCGGCGUACGAGCAUUGCGAACAUUGCGAGGGUGGACGCCGCAGGGCCUGCACAACCUGCCAGACGUUUUAAUUAGAGACAGCGACGAGAAACGACCGAAAAUGAGCGAGUACGGAUACGAGAGGAGAGGUGGCAAGGAACAGCACAGACGAGGGGGUGGCAGAGGUGAGCACGAAGACGAUCUCGACGAUCGAGGAAGAAACACCCUGCAGCGUUUCGAUAGCAUACAGGAUCCCGGAAAACGUUAUCUGCUCAGAGAGUGCAUAGGUUCUGGCGUGUGCGGCGAUGUUUACGAAGCGAUCGAUCAACAAGCCGGAAACAAGAGAGUCGCCGUGAAGGUGCAGAAACUCACUCCUGAGUCACAAUCCUUGAUCAUCGAGGAAUACAAGAUUCUUCGUGACUUUGCGUCUCAUCCUAAUCUGCCAGACUUUUAUGGGAUUUAUCGCAGAAGAUCUGGCAAGAAGACGGAGUACGAUCAAAUAUGGUUCGUCAUGGAGCUCUGCGAGGGUGGCACUGUGAUGGAUCUCGUGCACGGUCUUCUAGCUAUGGACAAGAAAAUGCGCGAAGAACACAUAGGCUUUAUCUUGAAGGAGGUGAUUCAGGCGAUGGUUUAUCUCAACGAGCACAACGUGAUGCACCGUGAUAUUCGCGGCAGUAAUAUUUUACUGACCAGAGAAGGAGAAGUGAAGUUGGUCGAUUUUGGGCUAUCGAAGAUGUUCCAAGGUGAAAUGGGAAAGAGAUAUACGUGUAUAGGAUCACCGAGUUGGAUGGCGCCGGAGGUGGCCAUGAGCAAAGGCAACAGCUCCGAAGGAUAUGGUAGCAGAGCCGAUGUUUGGGCGGUCGGAAUUACAGCGAUCGAGUUGGCUGACGGAAAACCACCGUUUCAAGAUAUGCAUCCCACCAGAGCGUUGUUCCAAAUAGUUCGAAAUCCGCCGCCAAAUUUAUACAGACCGUCCAACUGGUCGCAAAAUUUUAACGACUUUAUAGCCGAAUGUCUCGAGAAAAAUCCUGAGAACAGACCGUUUAUGGCGGAAAUAGCCGAACACCCUUUUUUAGCGGAUUCAUCCGCGAACGAUUUUCUGCUAGCGAAAGAGAUCAAGAUAUUAAUGACGGACGUCUGUGCGAAAGGCAAACACGUGAGAAGACCGGAAGUAAUAGUUCGAAAGGGUUUCCUGAAGACUCAUCAAACAGACCCUCUAGAACCUAUGUUCAUGGAAGAUCUAGCCGCUCUCGAGACGCUCACGGAAGAUACGAUUUUGGACGAACUACACGAGAGAUUGCGGCAAGGUUACUACCACAGCUUUAUUGGCGAUAUCCUUUUGAUUUUAAAUCCGAACGAGCAACAGGAUAUUUACGGGUCCGAUUAUCACACAAAAUACCAAUUCAAGUCGCGAUCGGAUAACGCGCCUCACAUAUACUCUGUAGCCGACAGCGCCUAUCAAGACGUGCUGCACAACGAAGAGGCUCAACAUAUUUUACUAGCCGGCGAGAGCAAUUCGGGAAAAACGACCAACCUGAUGCACCUUGUUCGACAUCUCAUGUAUCUAGGAAAAAGCUUGCAAGACAUCGGGGCGAGAUUAAUGCGAGCUAUUAAAGUGAUUCACGCUUUCAGCAACGCUGCCACGCCUCUAAAUCCUAAUUCGACCAGGUGCGUGCUGGAACUGGAGACAACAUACGGAAGUUCUGGGAAAGCCUCCGGCGCUAUAUUUUGGUUAUAUCAGUUAGAGAAGUGGCGAGUUUCUACCCGCGACAGGAAUCAAUCGAAUUUUCACGUGCUGUACUACUUUUACGACGGCCUCGACGCCAUAAGCAAGUUGAAACAGUAUCAUCUACCACCGGGAAGAAGGAUGCGAUACCUCAGAAUAAGCGAGAAGGGAACAGAGAGGAAACGAUCGUUCAAAGUUCGAAACGAUCCACGCGGGAACGUGGCCAAGUUCGAAGAACUCAAGGAAAAUCUGACAAUCUUAGAAAUGGAAGAGUAUUGCGAAACCAUCUGGAGGAUAUUAGCAGCGAUUUUAAAUCUGGGAGAAAUUCGUUUCGUCGAAGGUAACAACGGGGAAGCUGAUAUGGACAACAACGAUGCGGCUAACAGAGUCGCCCAACUUCUUAACCUAGACGAAAAGAAAUUUAAUUGGGCGUUGCUUAAUUAUUGCGUGAUCGUAAAGGGAAAUGCCGUACGUAGAAGGCACAGUUGCGAGGAAGCGAAAGAAGCGAGGGACGUAUUGGCCAAUACGAUCUAUCAGCGAUUGGUCGAUUGGAUAACGAAUACUAUCAAUUUCAAGUUUACGGUUACUCGUGCUUUAUUCGGUGACAAAUAUGCGAUUAACAUAAUGGACAUGUUUGGAUUCGAGUGCUUCGCAACCAACCGACUCGAGCAGCUAGUGGUAAACACCAUGAACGAACAAAUGCAAUGUUAUUACAACCAAAGGAUAUUCGCUUGGGAAAUGCAAGAACAAGAAGAAGAAGAUAUACCGAUGCAACGUUUGCACUUUUACGACAACAAAGACGCGAUAGAUCAGUUAAUGAGCAGAGACAGAGGUUUAUUCAGUAUAAUCGAUAAUGCAUCGAAAAAUAUGCUCGAUUAUCAAUAUAUCAUAAACAAAGUCCAGCAACGAUCGGACAAUAUUUAUAUAAAAGCGGUGAGCUCUCACGAAUUUACGGUCGCUCAUUACACGGGGAAAUUGCUUUACGACGCUAGCGAGAUUGCCGAGAAGAAUCGCGAUUUUCUUCCUCCGGAAAUAAUCGAAACGUUCAGGCAAUCGUCUAUCGAAACCGUGAAAGAAAUGUUCACGAACAAACUGACGAAAGCUGGGAAUUUGACCGUUGUCGUUGACCAUCCGAAAAUUGCGGAAAAGAAGACGAGCAAAGGCAAAUGGGGCGCGCUCAUGCAGGAAACAUCGAAACCAAGGAGGUAUAACACCGCAUCCCGAGGGCAAUACUCCCAGACACGGAAAUUGAGAACGUGCGCGGCUACCUUUAAAUCCACCAGCCUCGAAAUCCUUAAGAACCUUUCGGCAGGUGGCGGAAGUAGUGGUAUCCAUUUCAUCAGGUGCAUAAGAUCCGAUCUCGAAGGGGCGCCUCGUGGUUUUUAUCGAGACGUUGUCAGACAACAGAUCAGAGCGUUGGCUGUCCUUGACACUGCCAGAGCCAGGCAACGUGGUUACCCACAUAGAAUAUCUUUCCCAGAAUUUCUUCGAAGGUACCAAUUCCUGGCUUUCGAUUUCGACGAGAAUGUCGAAAUUACCAAAGACAAUUGUCGAUUGCUACUGAUCAGAUUAAAAAUGGAAGGCUGGAUAAUUGGGAAAACUAAAGUGUUUCUGAAGUAUUACAACGAAGAAUACCUUUCGAGAUUGUACGAGACUCAGGUGAAGAAGAUAGUAAAAGUUCAGUGCAUGAUGAGAGCCUUUUUGGCACGCAAAAGCAUGGCGUCGAAGAUCACGAAGAGCGUAAAGAAAGAAGUUGUGAAGAAAGCGUCUAUAAACAAGGACGAAUCGGUGGACAUGUCGGAAGAUCAGGCAGCGUUGAUGAUUCAAAAAGCAUACAGGGGGCAUGUAGUGAGGAAGGAGACAGCGCCUCUUCUGGGGAAGGGGAAGAUGGAUCCGGAAACGAUGGACAUGAUGAAAUUCUACAGCAGCAAGUGGAGGUCGAAGAGCGUGUUCCAAGUCCUCCUACGUUACCGUGCAGCCCGCUAUCAAGACCUCGUGCAGUUCUCGCAACAAGUGCAUCUGUUCAAUCAAGCGAUAGUAGCAUCUCUCACGACGACGAAUGAACAAAUAUCCAUAGAUCGAGUAGAUACAAACGUUUCCACGUCCGCGUAUUUAGGCCAGUUGAAACCACCCCAAGUGCACAAGUUACCUUUCAACUUUCAUCAAGAGUUACCUUUUCCCGAUAUGACGAGAGGAAUGAGAGGUGUUGGAUCCGCGUCGUCAUCGGCGUCUGACGAUGAGCACGAAGCCUGGGACGCGCCAUUACGGAGACAAACAAUGCCGUGGGCCAACAGGAAGAGUCGUACCAGAGACGUCGAGGUUCAAACAACGAACUCGCCACAGCGAGUGGCGCAUUCGGGCACCGAGGGACAGAGUCUGAUCGACACUCCGUUUUCCAGAGACCCGAAUAUCUCGGUCCGAUGUCCACCCGAAGAGUCGUCCCAGAACAGAAUGGGUAACUCUGGAUUUCAACAUCAUUCGAGCAAUCGUAGUCCUGUACCUUCUGCUAACGCUCAUAAUCCUCGCUCAAAUUACGAUAGUACCGGAUCGAUACGCUCUAGAAAACACGCACCGCCUCCACCUGUUCCGUUCAAUCAAUCGCAACCACCCUUGACGCGCAGCGCCGACAAUUAUAGCUCGGAUAUUCGAAGUAAAAGCAACGUAGAUACCGGUAGCCACGAUUGGGAAUACGAGGAUAAAACUAACAGGAGUAGCGGCAAUGCCAAUCGUAUCAAUCCGAUUCAGGAACUACAGAUGAUCGGUCGUAAAAGUAACACUGACGGUAACGAAGACAGCGACGAACCACCGUUCAACUUUCAGGCGAUGUUGAGAAAAACGAGCCAUCAUCGAGCGUCGAUGAAGCGUACACCCGUUUACGACAGCUACUCUCAUUCUCCGUCACCACUGCCAGGUUCAGGAUAUCGUGGGAAUCGCGAAAACGAGUCACACGUUGUAUACAGAAGCGGAGGUAGUCGCAGAGAUUCUCCCGAAUGGAGUCCCAAUGAAAUGGUCAGAAUGUCUGAAAAAUAUGCGAAGGAAGGAGCCUGGGGAGAAGAUCGGACGGGUACCGGGGGUCGAAGCAACGUGGUCUCGGAAAGUGUCACCGAAGAAAUUGCACCGGGAAUCGUUAUCGAAGGUUACGUGGCCGAAUUGUAAAAUUCGAGCCAACGACGAAAACUCCUUAUGUAUCGAACCACGAUAAAAACUGGACUAGUUGGAAUUGCUAAUACCGCGAGAAAAAAAGAGAAGCCUGCAAGGUACCUGUAGCUGUCCCGAUGGAAACAAAUGCACGACUCGUAUGAUUUGAAAGAACGAUACCCAAUCCACUAACGUUGCUGACUCGGAGAGAAAUUUUUUUAUCCACAAAUAUGUACAUACGUAUAUUUUUUUAAUACUUUUCUUCCUUUGUCUUUUAAAUGGAAACAAGUUACCGCAACGAUUCGACGAUAAACUUCUUUUGUAACUUUCAUUCGCGCCCCGAGCGACCAUCGCCACUUUUGUCCAAUGUACGAUAAUUUUCAUCGAAUGGUUCGUUUUUUCUAUCUGCCUGUCUUCUCCAACAGUUAGCAAUGCUCCUUACCAAUGUGCGAUAUAUGACCAUUAUUUUUUUAUUGGCCUCGACAAAUAUACACACACACACACGCGCGCGCGCAUACACUCUUGUUCAACCGUUAGCGGGUGUUUGCAUUAUUACAAAACGAAAGAAAUAAUAAUAAUAAGAGGAAA